GGUACUGCGCCUGCGCUCGCUUUUGUUGACGUGCGCGCGUGCUGUCGGCGGCUGCUCCAGGUGUGUGUGUGUUUGUGUGUGUUGGGGGGGGUGUUGUUCCCCUCGCGCUCGGCCAUGUCUCACGGGCACAGCCACGGCGGGGGCAGCUGUUGCCAUGACGACGACCACGAGGAGCCUCCUGAGCGGCGAGGCCAGGCCUGGGGCCUUUACCUGCGCAUCGACCGCGAGCGCCUGGAGUGCCUCAACGAGCGAAGGGAAGGCAGCGGGGCGCUCGUGUUCCGCCCCUGGGAAGACCGUGGGGAUAAGCAGAAGUUUGUAGAAAGUGAUGCUGAUGAAGAGCUCUUAUUUAAUAUUCCAUUUACAGGCAAUGUGAAAUUAAAAGGAAUAAUUGUGAUGGGAGAGGAUGACAAUACGCACCCCUCAGAAAUGCGACUGUUUAAGAAUAUUCCUCAUAUGUCCUUUGAUGAUACUGCCCGAGAACCAGAUCAGAUCUUCAGCCUGAAUCGUGACGUUUUAGGAGAACUGGAAUAUCCUACAAAAAUUGCUCGCUUCUCAAAUGUUUAUCAUCUCUCCAUCCACUUCUCCAAGAACUUUGGUGCUGAGACAACAAAAAUCUUUUACAUAGGCCUAAGGGGAGAAUGGACAGAACCUCAUCGACACGAAGUGACCAUCUGUAACUAUGAAGCAGCAGCAAACCCGGCCGAUCACAAACUUGAUCAGAUCACGCCACAGACACACUUCAUUUCCUAACUGGGAAGGCUUGUGCGAUGAAACUAAAAAGGAUGGUGGCUGUUACUCUUUUUGGAAUGUAUGCAUGUGGUUUUGGAAGCAUUUGUUAUCAAAUGCUUGGCAGAUAGGUACAGAAUUACACUGUUGCUAACUAAGAUCAAUUGUAAAAGUUGAUCUUAAAAUUAACUCUUCCUGCACUUCACCAUGACUCUCUUGGCAAUAUCUUCUUGGCCCAGAAUGUGUCUAAGAUGGUGAAUUUUUUGUUUAGUUGCUGCUACUGUUCUUGCUGGCAUACAUAAGAGGUGAGACUAUUGGGUGGUGGCACUAUCUCUAGGACUUCCUUCUGGCUUUUGAGUAUAGUUUUGAUAUACGAAGAUGAAAUGUUCCUGGUGGCAUCUUGGCUAAUUUCCAGUGUAUGUGAUUUCUCCAGCAUAAUAGUGGCUGGACUGUGCACCAAAGUGCUAUAGGCAUUGCCAUAAGCAUAAUUGAGUAGCUAUUUUGCUGAUGCAUAACAAUGUUAGUUGUCAGUUUAAAACCUAGAAAAUAAAAAGACCUAUGAAUUUAUCUUGUCUAAAAUGCAACCUUUUGUAAAUAAACAUGGCAAAGAA